GUUGAUCCUGAUCUUGACAAAACGGCAAGACAGCAUUGCGAAACCCACACCAUUUUUUUUCAGAGUUGCUCAGAAAAAGUGAUUCUUCAGAACUGUGGGAAGCAGGAGGCAACAUCAGGGGAACAGCGAGCAUCACGCAUUUCACCAUAACAUGAUGAUUCGCUUGAUAGUGUUGGCGUUGGGCCUUAGUAUAGUAAUCGGACACGGCAACGAUGAACCCACCUUCGUCACAGCAGAUUGCAGAGUUGAUAUAAUUUUGCCUUGUAGUGCCCUUCAAAACUGUAAGAACUACACCUCUGUUACGUGGUACAAGUUCUACAAUAACAGCAGUGACAAAUCUACGAUGACAAUCCUCAAAAAGUCAGAAAAUGUCAUCCAAACGGAUAAGCACAAUGAUUCUGUGUCACUGGAUAAAAACGCCUCUUUGGUCUUGAGGAAAGUUGCUCCUUCAGAUUCUGGGAUCUACAAGUGUUUGAUUAGAGUCAAGGCUGGAGGAAAGAACUGUCAAAAGUCGUUUAGACUGAAUAUCUCAGAUUGUGUGUCAACACCUUCACCCAUUAUCGUUGAUUUCUCCACCACUAAGUUUAUUAAUGGGUCAUGGACAAACAUCAGCAUCCCAGUGACUCAUGUAGAUGAUUCAGAGCCCUCUGUCUUCUGGGGUUGUGUAGGACUAGCUGUGAGUAAACUUGUCCUCAGUGCUGUGUGCAUAUGG